CGACUGAGCCGGCAGAGGCCGAGGGUCUUUUACGGGGGAAGAGACGGCGCCGAGAACGAGAGAAGACGAUGGAAACGACGACGGCGACGGCGACGGCGAAAAGAUUGAGUGGCGAAGCCAUGGAUUGCUUAUCGGAGAGGCUUUCAUUGCAGGAGGAUCUUUACUUUCCUCGCGCGCUUCAAUCCACUGCCACAAAUCCAUCCCAGCGCAAGGCCAUUCUACUCGACCUCCUUUCUCGCGAUGCCGCUGUGUUUUUAGAACGAUAUGGAUCACAGUUGACAUCCAAUGAGCUCCAUGAGUUUGAUACUCUUAAGGAUGAUUAUGAGAUAAAUUGGCAUUUAAAGCACCUUCGAAGUAUAAAGAGUCCGACAUCAGAUGAACUACACUCUAGGUCAGUUAUUGUGAAGAAUAGAAGACGAGCCUAUCUGAAUAAAUUGAUAUGUGAUGGCCAGUACUUCUCGGAGGAUGCAAUGAGGGAGAGAGAGCCAUUUUUGCAUCAUGAGUAUGUAGGGAAGUUUCAGGAUCCAAGUGGUCGAGGAAUGGCAAGACCAGGGGAGCGAUGGUCUGAGACGCUGAUGAGGAGAUCAGAGGAAGCAAUGUUGGUUGCAAAGAUCAGAGGAGAACAACGCAGGUUAGGUGUUGCUGAGAGGGACUUGAUAGGUAAUGAUGUAAACCAAGAAAAUGGAGAAGAAGAAGAAGAAGAAGAAGAAGAGGAGGAGGAGGAGGAGGAGGAGGAGGAAGAAGGGGAGGAGAGGAAAGGUAACGAGCCUGCUAAUGCUGCUCAUUCCAUGGAGAUAUCUGCAGCCAUGGAUACUCAGAAUGAAAAAUCAGCAACUGACAAUAGUGAUGCUGCCGAGGGCGGGUCUAAUCUUGGAGCAACUUUAUCUGAAGCAGAUAUGCAAGAUCAGAUGGACCAAUUCACAUACAUCAUGCAUCAGAAAUUUUUGUUGGGAGAAGACAAUGAACAUUUAGAUUACUCAAAAAUAGACAAUGACGAGACCUUGGAUGAUCACUGGCUGAGGGAAGCCAAUGAUGAUGCCGAGGAGAAAUACUUCGACGAAGAUUAAAGGGGAUGGAAGAUCGCAGAACUGGAAAAACGAAUCGAUGAAUGGGCGGGGAAACAAGUUGACGGUGAUCCAUAUCGAAACGAUGGAUGGAAUUAACGGACUCUGCUGAACGAUCCGGUGAUAAUUUUAUGCCAUACUCCACGAGAUCUCCUUCCAGGUAUUUAGUUUGGCAUUAACUUUGCAAGUCCUUUAGCUUUUAUUUCUCACAGAAGAAAAAAGUUUACUCAAAUGGAUAAGAGUGAAAAUUCUAAUCAAAUUGAUAUGGAGGAAAUCAGCUUCCUGGUAUUGGCAUCUGGCUCAACUGAAAUCUUGCAGUUCUACUCAUGUUUUUGCUGUAUGAUGAAUAUUUUUGUAUUUUAAAACUUGCUGCUAAAUAUUGUGAAUAUUGAGAUAAUUAUUGGACCUCAGCCAACUUUUAAGCUCAUCAUGAUGAUUGUU